CAUGACCUGAGCCGAAGGCAGAGGCUUAACCCACUGAGCCACCCAGGCGCCCCGGAACAACGUGUUUUAAAGCCAGAGAGCGUGGGGCUCAUGUGUGCUUCACAUGCAUACUGGGUGUGUGGGUGGGUGUGUGGGUGGGUGUGUUGGAAAGGAUUGAAGAGGAGGAUGAAAGGAAAGCCUGCCUAAUUUAUAAUACUACGAGUUUCUUUUUCCACUUAAAAGAUGGGGGAAUGGUUGAGGAUCUUACAGGGAAGGGACGUGAUCACAUUUGCCAAGAGUGCUCAUCACUCUUGUGAUACUGUCCUCGGUAACUUGAAGGUAACAAACUUGCAGGCGGGGAGCUCCAGGUUGGAGGCAGUUGGGAGUAAUUCGGACAAGAACUGAUCAGGAGCUACGGUGCAAAUCGUGGGAAUGCAGAAGAGGGAACAUGCCAAGAAAUGGAACACACCAUGCGGCAUUGGAGCUGGGGGGUGGGAAGGUUGCAUCUAGAAGGAACAGCCUUCCUAUGAGCAUGGUAUCCUGAAGAGACACCCCCUUUUGGUUGGAAGAUCAGUUCGCGAUAGCUUAGUGAUAACACAGCAAAGGGGAGGGUAUGAGGUUUGACAAAGCAGUUGAGGGCUGAUGGGGAAGAGCUUCGUGUGCCAUGCCAAGGAUGUUCUAGCUGAUCUUACUAAGAGAAGUAUUCUGAAGUGUUGAGUGGUGCAGUUGGGACUCUAAUUUAGAAAGAUAGUUAGCAUUGAGUUGCCAUUGCCUUUCUAGGCACUUGACAGUGAUAUGUUUAAUAUUCAGUCACCCUAGUAGAUGGAUACCAUCCUUACCUCCACGCCAUAAAUGGGGAAACAGGCACAGGGAGCAUAGGAACUUAACUGUGGCCUCACACCUACCAAAUGGCGCACCCCCAGUUUAACGUCUGGCAGUCUGACAGUAGGACUCUCAUCCGUCCCUUACACACCCUUGGUGUUUCUCCACCACCACACGCAUCAGGACCAUGUGUAGCAUUUCUAAAGACACAGUUACCUCCAUUGACUAAAGCCCAAGUGUCCAGAAGAGUGUUGAGCAGUGCUUAUUUUGCAAAAGCUCCACCAUGAUUAUGCUGCCCUCUGUUCCCUCUUACACCGAGAUCCCAGGUAGGCAGUAGGGUCAGUAGUCCAGGCAAGAACUGAGGGCCCAAGCUCAAGCGGUCUGUGGCAAAGAGGAGGAGGAAACAGAUUGAGAGACUUACAAGGUAGAACUGGUUUAAGGGGCUGUAAGCAGUGGGGAAGAAUCAGAAUGGAGUCUAAAGAUGACAGAGUGGAGUGUUUACUUAGCUAGUGAUCUCAGCCAAGAUAAGCUCUCAGGAAGUGGGGUGAUUUGAGAGUCAGCGGAACUGUCAGUCAGUCAGUUUUGAACACUUGGGUUUGAGGGUCUAGAGGUGUUCCCAUUAAGAUGUCUUUUAAUAAGCAGAAUAUUGCUCUGGGGGUGCCUGUGUGCCUGCCGCUUUCCUCACUGUUACCUCACACAGUCCGCCCCUCAGAUCUCUGAGAGGCCCCCGUUUACAGAGGAGUUCCUGUGGAGUGUGGUCAAGUUUGAAAUCAGGCUUCCUAAAGGCUCCCCUGUCUGUUUCAGCCUGGCAGAUGGGUCUCUCUUGGUGUGUAUGUAAACGUGUGUGUGUGACACAGAUGGUGGUCAGUACGAUGGGUUCCAGCCGGCGAGGAGCAGCGCCCUUUGUCCUCGCCAUUUUCCUUGCAGUUCCACAGGGUCCCUUGCGAGAAACUCCUUGAGGUGCCCAGGCUGAGACUGAGGGGGAAAUGACGGGGUGAGCUCUAGAUGGUAUGAGACCCCUCCCCACAAGAGCCAAACAAUGGCUACAGCCUUGGAACCAGAGGACCAGGAUCUUUGGGAAGAAGAGGGAAUUCUGAUGGUGAAAUUGGAAGAUGAUUUCACCUGUAGGCCAGAGUCUGUCUUACAGAGAGAUGACCCUGUGCUUGAGACCUCGCACCAGAACUUCCGGCGCUUCCGCUACCAGGAAGCCGCGAGCCCUCGAGAAGCUCUCAUUCGGCUGCGAGAACUUUGUCAUCAGUGGCUGAGGCCAGAAAGGCGGACAAAGGAGCAGAUCCUAGAGCUGCUUGUACUGGAACAAUUCCUUACUGUCCUGCCUGGAGAACUGCAGAGCUGGGUGCGGGGCCAACGGCCAGAGAGUGGCGAGGAGGCGGUGACGCUGGUGGAGGGUUUGCAGAAACAACCCAGGAGACCAAGGCGGUGGGUGACUGUCCAUGUUCAUGGCCAGGAGGUCCUGUCAGAGGAGACGGUGCAUCCGGGAGCAGAGCCCGAGUCACCUAGUGAGCUGCAGAACCCUGUGCAGAUCUCGACUCCUGAGGCAUCCUGUGAGGAAACUGUACAGAGCCCGGAUCUGGGGCCACUGGAAGAGCAGAGCCUGUACCAUGAAUUGGAGUUCCAGCCCCUGCAGGAGAGCGAGGUGCCGGCGUCCCAGGACCCAGAUCUUCCCGAAGAGAGGAGCACUGGAAACCCAGAGAUGGUUGCCCUUCUUACUGCUCUUUCACAGGGAUUGGUAACUUUCAAGGACGUGGCUGUGUGCUUCUCCCAGGACCAGUGGAGCGACCUGGAUCCAGCACAGAAAGAGUUCUAUGGAGAAUAUGUGUUGGAAGAAGAUUGUGGAAUUGUGGUCUCUUUGUCAUUUCCAAUCCCCAGACUAGAUGAGAUCUCCCACGUUAGAGAGGAAGAGCCUUUGGUCCCAGAUAUCCCAGAGCCUCAAGAGCCUCAAGAGCCAGAAAUCCUGAGUUUUACCUACACAGGAGAUAGGAGUGAGGAUGAAGAAGAUUAUCUCGAGCAAGAAGAUCUGAGUUUGGAGGAUCUGCACAGAUCGAUUUUGGGAGAUCCCGAAAUCCACCAGACUCCAGACUGGGAAAUAGUCUUUGAGGAUGAUCCAAAUAGACUUAACGAAAGAAGAUUUGGUACAAAUAUUUCUCAAGUUAAUAGUUUAUCGAAUCUUCGGGAAACCAUGCCUCUCCACCCCUUGUUAGGGAGACACCACGACUGUCCUGUAUGUGGGAAGAGUUUCACUUGUAACUCCCACCUUGUUAGACACCUAAGAACUCACACAGGAGAGAAACCCUAUAAAUGUAUGGAAUGUGGAAAAAGUUACACGCGGAGUUCGCAUCUUGCCAGGCACCAGAAGGUCCACAAAAUGGGCACGUCAUAUAAAUUUCCCCUAAACCGGAAGAAUUUGGAUGAGACCUCCCCUCUGGUCCAGGCUGAGAGAACUCCACAUGUUGAGAAACCCUAUAGAUGUGACGAUUGUGGAAAACACUUCCGCUGGACCUCAGACCUUGUCCGGCAUCAGAGGACACACACAGGUGAAAAACCCUUCUUCUGUACUAUUUGUGGCAAAAGCUUCAGCCAGAAGUCUGUGCUGACAACGCACCAAAGAAUCCACCUUGGAGGCAAACCCUACUUGUGUGGAGAGUGUGGAGAGGACUUCAGUGACCACAGGCGGUAUCUGGCACACCGGAAGACACACGCAGCCGAGGAGCUGUAUCUCUGCAGCGAGUGUGGGCGCUGCUUCAACCACAGUGCCGCGUUUGCCAAACACCUGCGAGGACACGCCUCUGUGAGGCCUUGCCGGUGCACCGAAUGUGGGAAGAGCUUCAGUCGGAGGGACCACCUCGUCAGGCAUCAAAGAACCCAUACUGGCGAAAAGCCGUUCACGUGCCCUACCUGUGGAAAAAGCUUCAGCAGGGGCUAUCACUUAAUCAGGCAUCAGAGGACCCACUCAGAAAAGACCUCUUAGCUAGGUUCCCAUGUGAGGAGGUCUGCAUUCAGCCCUCACCUGGGGAUGGGCCAGGAGAUGCCCUCUUGUCAGCCUGGGAAGACCUUUUCUGGGGAGUCUCCCUGACGUGCCCAGAUCUACAUCACCUCUUCCCACAGCUAACUAAAGUCCCCCAGGCAGAACCUCUCAACCUUCUUCUACACCUUGAGGAGGUUUUUUGCCCAAAGUACAACCUGGGUGGAGGCUUCUCCUUGACUGGAGUGUUCCUGCCUCUACCUCAUGGGUGUGAAGCAGGAGAUGUAGAAGACUUAACAAUAUCAUGGUUAUUAUACUUUCCCCUAAAUAGGCUGUUGCAUAUCCUAAAGACUGCUUCACAGCCUCAAGUAUAAAGUUGCCCAGGACAGCCCUUUAGGUUUGGUGAGGGACGGGCCUCUAGGAUUCUGUCCUUACUGGGCUCAGAUCUUAAAGCACACAGCCCUGAACUCAAGGCAGGAGAUCUGCAUCCUCAUGGCUCUGCCACACAUUCACGUGAUAACUACAAAUCUCUCACUGGUUCACUUCUUCACCAUGCACUUUCCUUUGAUACCUGGGGAGAGGUGGGAGAAGUGUCUGAUGGGGGAAAACCUUGAGGCUGUUUCAUAUGGACCUUGUCAGGCUGCUUCCUUACCUGUUGCCAAAAUACCAGGGGCCAGACCCUGCUAGAAAGGAGGAUUUAGUCAGAAGCCUCUUUCGCUGGGGGUGUUUCCCUGUUGGAAUACUCUGUCCACCCUCCUUAGUAUUCUACCAGCCUCUUGGUUUUGCCCCUAGCACUUCUGCAAAAGGGAGAUGGAACAGCUGGGUGCCAGGGGAGUCAGUAAAGCAUAAUGACAUCACAGUGAAGUCAUUUACAUUCCCACAUACGUACAAGCCCACCCACCCUGCCCUCUUUGCGUGGGUUUGCAAAGGGAUUUUGGAACCAUGUCAGCUAACCUAGGUACGAUAAUAAUUACAAAAUCACAAUUGACUGGGUCACUUCAUUUAUAUGAAGAACACAAGAAGACCUGAGACCAAAUUAUGAGGAAAAUUUUGUAAAAGCUGUUGCUGCUGGCUAAGGCCAUCAAGACUAUACUGACACCCAGCCCCUAUCAUCCCUGCCUUGGUUCUCUGAUAUCAGGGAAAAUUAUGAACCCCAGCACCUGGGACCCUGAAGAAUUUACCAGGAGUAAAUGGCUUUCAUGUAUUUGCGUUGUUUGCUUUUUCUUAUGUGAUCUCAUUUUUAUGUAAUUAAGAACUAAAUAGUAGUAUCUCAUGGCUGAUAGUAGGUUCUCUGUUGCCUGAUUAAGGAUCCUUGGAGAUGGGGAGGAAUAAUUACGAGCCUCACCUGCUCUGCUUGUGGGAGUGGCAAGGACUGGGUGAGCGUCCUCCAUAAAUGGAGCAUAGGGUAUGGGAUUAAAGCAUGAGAAGGGA